UUACCAACGGCGCCGGCGGUUUUGGUUUGUUUUUGUAAUUUGUUUCCGCUUUUGAAGAUAAAAUAGUAAUAUUUGAAAACUACAACUAAGUCUCCUAUCGUACAUCCAUAAAAACGAGACAAUUUACUAGUAUUUAACUACGAUGUCGAGCGCCUCAGUUACAUCUUCCAAACGAGAGAAAGAAACAGCAGACCUAGUCCAGGAGUUGGAGUCAGUAAGAGCGAUGAACAACGGUCUCCGCUCGUACCUGGAGCAUAUCCGGACCUUCAAGGAAAACCUACAGGGUGUCCAUAAGAACUGCAAGCAACUGAACAAAAUCAACUCCCAAUGGAUAGAUGUUUUGAGCCAUACACAGACAGAUGCGAGCAGUAAUCAGAAUGUUUGAGUUGUAAAUUUAGAAUUGUUGUAAAGAAAUAUACCUUGUGCCUGUCACAAAAGAUAUAAGUUUACAGAUGAUGAUGCUAGAUGACUUAAAUGGUUAUUUAAUUGAUAAAUACACACAAGCUGCUCUAACUUUUUAUUAUUACCUACUUAUAAACUCACUCCCUUUGGGUGUAUGGGCUUGUACACAAAACUGUUAUGCGUUGUCGCAUUAUAUGUGACAGUAAUUAAGCAUUUGUAUGGUACAAUUUUGUAAAAUAAUUAAAAACUUGUUCUCUUU